CCAGAGAGAGAGAGAAAAACUCCAAAGACCACAAGCUUAUCCGCAGAGAAAUAAUAUAGGGUUCCUUGAGAGAGAGGCUCCAGAGGAGAUCCAUAGCAAAGAAGAGGAGAGAGAGAGACAGGCUCCCCUCUGAUCUCUCAAUGGGCACCAAGACAGAGAACCUUCAAUCCCUCCUGGACUCCGCCCUCCCCUUUAUCAGAGGCGAGCUGGAGCUCAUCGACCCUGACCUACCACGUCUCAUCGCCGUCCUCCGCUCCUCGGGUGCCUCCGAGUGCUGGCACAAGCAUGGCGAUUUCCUCCACCACCUCGUCAGCAUCUUUCGCAUUCUCUCUCUAUGGAAAUCACCCCACCCUCUAGCUCUAUGUGGCCUCUUCCAUUCUGCCUACUCCAAUUCUUAUGUAAACCUUGCCAUCUUUCCCCCGGAAACAUCUCGACCGUAUGUUCAAUCCCUCAUCGGCCCCCAAGCCGAAGAUCUCGUCCACAUGUUUUGUGUCGUGCCUCGCCAGUCUCUCAUACACGAUGACCUCCUCUUCCAUUUCUCUGACACGGAGCUCGAAUCAGCAUUCAUGAGAGAGGAAGUCCCCGAAUCCUUGAGAGAUAAAAUUCAGAGAUUGGUCCCUCCUUAUGGUGUGACUGUUAAGCACAUACGAACAGGACAGGACCUCGUAGUUCCUCGAAGGCUUGUGGCCUCCUUUCUCUUGAUGACCAUCGCCGAUUUUAGCGACCAGCUUUUUGGGUUUCAAGAUGAGUUGUUUGAGAAUUCGAAUGGGAGGCUGGAGUUCUCCGGGAACAACAUCACCACGCUGUGGCCGGGGGACGGGAAGCCUGGGCUGUGGGUGAACUCCCUCUCCAGAAUGGCUGUUUUGUACAGGCUUCUGGUGAGAGAGGAGGAGAGGAGAGAGAGUGAGAAUGGGUUUGCUAAUGGGGGAUCCAAGAGGGGUUAUGAAGAGAUAGAAUUGGUGGUGCCCCCUGUUUUUGAGAAUUGCACCAUGGUUUUGAGCUGUCAGGAUGAGAGAGAGGCCAGGGAUUUGUACUGGGAAGUUGUGUGUGGUGGUGGUGGUGGGAAGAUAGGACUAGAGAGACAGAGAGAGUUGUUGGUGAGGUGCAUUGAGAAGAACCCAUUUGUUGGGGAGCCCCAUGUGUUGCUUGCUCAAAUAUAUGUGAUGCAAGGGAGGUAUGAGGAAGGAGAGAGAGAGGGAGAGAGGGGGUUGAAGCUCAUGUUAGAGUGGGGAAGCAAUUGGGACAAGAGGGUCUCAUGGGAGGGCUGGGUGGCUUGGAAUAGGGUUCUUAUCAUGAAGGCAAAGGAGAGGUCUUGGCCCCAAACCUCAUGGGGAAUCCUCAACCUAGGUCUUGUUCGCUGAUCCAACCCCUGGUAGCUAUGCCCCACGCUUUACUAUUUCAUUACUUGCAUUACAGACACCCAUCUUACUAGUGGGAUAGAUGCUGAUCUAUCUCUUCAUGAAACCUUGUAAAUGUAUAUUUGGAUCUUUAGGUGUUAGGUGCUUCAAUGAGAUCUUGGUCUUGGAGUUGAAUAAUGGAGGUUCUCCAUGAAUUUGAAGAGCUUGCUGCUGAAUCUUGAAUAUUAUAUAUGUUAUCUAGAGUGCUUUUGUUUAUUCAUGCAAAAUUUAUGUGUU